AACAGAAGGCAGGGUAGACAGAGUACUAAACGGAAAAAUGGGAUAGUUUUUGUUGGGUCAACUUGGUAGGACACAGUCAGCAGACACAGACUAGAGAAGGUGAAGAGAGACAUUGGUAAUGCAGAGACGUCAUACAGGUCAAUCUUGAUGGAGAAGAGAAUGAACUCUUGCUGUAGCUAAGACGUUCUCCCUCGCCAAUCGUCACCGUGCGCCUUACGAGUUAACAGUUGAGCGGUGGACGUCUUGACGCGAGGAUGGGUGGUGAGGCUCUCUUUCCUUCCCUCGGGGAACUGGAGCAUGUACUGACGGUGGUAGGCCUCCUGGCGGUGUCCAAGAUUCUGCUGCAGCUGCUGUGGUGUGUGGGCAGCAGCGUGAGAGUGCACUUCUGGUCGCGGCUGUGGAAGAAGCGGCUAGUGGAAGACUACGGGCGGUGGGCAGUGGUGACGGGCAGCACUGAUGGCAUCGGGAAGCAGUACGCCAAGGAGCUGGCCAGGAGGGGCGUCAACCUGGUCCUCGUCUCGCGCACCAUGGAGAAGCUGCACAAGGUCUCGGCGGAAAUUGUGCGGGAGUUCGGCGUGCAGACGGAGGUGAUACAGGCUGACUUCAGUGGCGGCCGUCCCAUCUAUGAAGACAUCGCCAAGGGCCUGCAGGGCAAGGAGAUUGGGAUCCUCGUGAACAACGUGGGGGUGUUGCUGUCUGAACCCAUGGAGUUCGGGGACGUGUCUGAGAAGGACAUCUGGAGCCACGUCAACGUCAACGUGGCCUCGGUGCCCGCCAUGACCAAGCUGGUGCUGCCGGGCAUGCUGAAGCGAGGCCGCGGUGCAAUAGUCAACGUGUCCUCUAUCACCUCACUGUCUCCCUUCCCCAUGAUUGGCAUCUACUCGGCCACCAAGGCAUUCGUGGACUUCUUCUCCCGCGCGCUGCAGCAUGAGUACCGCAACUCAGGCAUCACCGUGCAGACUCUCAUCCCCGGAUAUGUCUCCACCAACAUGACCAAGUAUUGUGACCUCGUCCAUGAUCCCGGCGUGUUCGUGCCCACCGCCCCGACCUACGCCUCCAGCGCCAUAAACACCCUGGGCUACGCGUGCCACACCACGGGCUACUGGGCUCAUAGUCUGCAGGCUUACUUCCUGAACUCCUUGAACCACCGGCUGUCAAUACCUUUGCUCUGGCUGUGGCACAAGAUACAACAGGAGGAUAUGAAGAAGAAGAAGAAGUAACAUGGCAAGGCGGAUAAAGGCGUUCUGGAGUUUGCAUGUAUUAGUUAUUCAUGUAGUGGCAAAUGGUAAUGUUUGACACGCGCUAUUCCCUCUGCAAAAUUAAUAUAGCUCGUGCUCUGUAUAUCAAGCUGUGCUAGGAAUACUCACUUAAAGUGUGUGUGUGU